AUGGGUAGAAGAAGGAUUAUGCCAUAUGUUAUCAUGGUUAUUGUGAGCACUCUCAAUGGCAUUAUUGGUGCGUAUGUUUUAAGUGCCUAUAAAAACCGUAGCAAUUCUUUGUAUGAAUCCUCCCAGUUGUCGUAUACCUGUUCAACCGCCUUUGUCCUUGCAAUCCAUGCUUUCUUAACCCUGGCUCAGGAAUAUGGUGGUGGUGCUUUCACUGUUUCAGGAGAUGUUGUCUUUUUUGCAAAUUACAAGGAUCAAAGAUUAUACAAACAAUCCAUCUCUUCUCUUGAUGUGUCUCCUAUACCUCUCACUCCGGAUUAUGGUGGACCGACUGUAAGCUAUGCAGAUGGAGUAUUGGAUACACGCUUUAACCGUUUUAUUGCUGUAAGGGAAGAUCGUAGGGAAAGCAGUCUAAAUCCACCUACAACUAUUGUAUCCAUAGCACUUGGCAACAACAAUGUUCAGGAACCAGAAGUACUAGUCGGUGGGAGUGAUUUCUAUGCUUUCCCGCGUCUAGAUCCUAAAAGUGAGAGGAUAGCAUGGAUACAAUGGAGUCACCCCAACAUGCCAUGGGAUAAAUCCGAACUUUGGGUCGGUUAUAUUUCUGAAAAUGGAGAGAUCCACAAGAGUGUCUGUGUAGCUGGGUAUGAUCCUUCCGUUAUAGAGUCUCCAAUUGAGCCCAAGUGGUCUUCAGAUGGUACUUAAUCUAACCUUUUUUUCUAACACCAAAAAAAGUUUGAUAUAUUAACGGUAG